GGCUCCCUAUCUCUGUCACAAGCCAGCCAUUUAACGUCAUCCGCACGCGCAAUUUCUCACCCAAUAUUUUCAGCAUUUGUUACUAAAGAACUCGGCACUAUCUUUACCUUUCUUCAACUAGCGGUCUACACGCAUUCAUAAAAAUGUCGAAAAUACUUUAUAAGAACAUGAAAUUUGAUAAUAUCUUUUGGAUUGCCACAACAGCAAUGCGUCUGAAUCGGUCCCAUCCUUACAUCCCGCGGGAUAAGAAGUGGCGCACCCAAUUUACUGCUAUAUUAAUUUUAUCCGCUUGCUGUUGUUCGUUCUUGUUGUAUUCAACAUUUUUUCACGACAUACCGUGUGGUGCAUAUGCUGAUGCUUGCAAAAGUGCAAUAAUGGCAAUAGUUGCUUUCACGAUCACGUACAAGUACUUGAUUAUUUUGCGAUAUCAGGAGUCUAUUACCGACCUUAUUCGCAUUGUGGAUGAGGACUACGAACUGGCCAAGGGGUUCUGUGAAGAAGAGCAACGCAUCGUUUAUAAGUACUCUAAGAGAGGGGUAAAAGUUACCCAGUACUGGUUCAUAUCAGCUUGUUCGACGAGCGCCAUUUUCCCGGUCAAAGCAUUUGUGCUUAUGGCAAAGUCUUAUUUAGCGGGUGAAUUCCAACUGGUGCCGCUGUUCGAAAUGACAUACCCUUGGAUUCUGAACGAUUAUAAAAAUGUACAUGUCGUUUUCAUAAUGUUAUUCGGUUUAACACUCUUCUUUGAUUUGUAUGCGACUUCAAUGUAUGUAGGAUUUGAUCCGAUUGUCCCGAUAUUUAUGCUUCAUUUGUGCGGGCAGUUAGAUAUCCUUAACCUGCGUAUAUCGAAAUUGUUCUCAAAUACAGAGGACUCCACUGAAACUAUUCGAGAAAACUUAAGAAGAAUUAUUUUACAUCUUCAAGAUAUUUACAAAUUCAUUGAAAUUAUUAAAACCAACUUCACAGUGUUGUACGAAUUUAUAAUGAAAACGACAACUUUUCUACUUCCUCUGACUGCAUUUCAAAUUACCGAGUCUCUUCGAAACGGAGAAAUUAAUCUAGAAUUCAUAGGAUUCUUUACUGGCGUGAUAUUACACUUCUACAUACCUUGUUAUUAUAGCGAUCUCUUAAUGGAGACGGGCGAAAACUUCCGUCUGGCGAUAUAUUCUUGCGGCUGGGAGAAGCACUCGGACAAGCGCAUGAUGCGCACCGUCCUGUUCAUGCUGACACGCGCCCUUAAGCCGAUCGUCAUUAGCACCGUCUUCUGCGCCAUCUGUCUCGACACCUUUGCCCAGAUGUGCCGAGAAGCGUACUCUAUAUUCAAUCUGAUGAACGCAGCUUGGGCUUGAGAGUGAAGUUU